AUGAGGCGGGGGCAAGGGAAGCGAAAGGCCGAGGCCACGGAGCUGCCACGCGUGUCUCGGAGGAAGGAGGAAGAGGAGGCUGGGCAGGAGGCCCGGCGGAGGGCGGCCCCAUCCGUGCGGGAGUUUAAGUACAACAAAAAGCGGGUUCGCCUCGUCUCACAGGGCUCGGACCUGAAGGAUGAUGCUCGGUGCAUCCUUUACUGGAUGUCCCGGGACCAGCGGGUGCAAGAUAACUGGGCUUUCCUCUACGCCCAGCGCCUGGCCCUCAAACAGGAGCUACCUCUGCAUGUCUGCUUCUGCCUGGUGCCCAAAUUCCUGGAUGCCACCAUCCGCCAUUACGGCUUCAUGCUGAAGGGCCUGCAGGAGGUGGCCAAGGAGUGUACAGAGCUGAACAUCCCCUUCCACUUGCUGCUGGGCUAUGCCAAGGACGUGCUGCCCACGUUUGUGGUGGAGCAUGGCGUGGGCGGGCUGGUGACAGAUUUCUGCCCCCUCCACCUCCCCCGGCAGUGGGUGGAGGACGUCAGGGAGCGGUUGCCGGAGGAUGUGCCGUUUGCACAGGUUGAUGCCCACAACAUCGUGCCCUGCUGGGUCACCUCCCCCAAGCAGGAGUACAGCGCCAGGACCAUCCGGGGCAAGAUCCACGCUCAGCUCCCCGAGUUCCUCACCGAGUUCCCCCCCAUCAUUCGCCACCCAUAUCCCCCCUCCUGCCCGGCAGAGCCCAUUGCUUGGGAGGCGUGUUACUCCAGCUUGCAGGUGGACCGCACCGUGGAAGAGGUGGAGUGGGCGACCCCCGGCACGGCUGCAGGGCUGGCUGUGCUGCAGUCCUUCAUCGCAGAGCGGCUGAAAUCCUUCGGUUCCCACCGGAACGAUCCCAACAAGGCAGCGCUCAGCAACCUGUCCCCGUGGUUCCACUUCGGCCAGGUUUCCACCCAACGAGCCAUCCUGGAGGUGCAGAAGCACCGGGGCAAGUACAAGGAGUCAGUGGACGCAUUUGUGGAGGAGGCCGUGGUGCGGCGGGAGCUGGCUGAAAACUUUUGCUACUACAAUGAGAACUACAACAGCGUGCAAGGUGCCUACAACUGGGCACAAACCACUCUGAAGCUCCACGCCAAAGACAAGAGGCCUUUUCUCUACGAGCUGCAGGAGCUGGAGCAGGGGACCACGCAUGACCCACUCUGGAACGCUGCCCAGCUCCAAAUGGUCCAGGACGGCAAGAUGCAUGGCUUCCUGCGGAUGUACUGGGCCAAGAAGAUCCUGGAGUGGACCCGCUCCCCCGAGGAAGCCCUGCGGUUUGCCAUCUACCUCAACGACCGCUACGAGCUGGAUGGGAGGGACCCCAACGGAUACGUAGGCUGCCUCUGGUCCAUCUGCGGCAUACACGACCAGGGCUGGGCAGAGCGGGCCAUCUUCGGGAAGAUCCGCUACAUGAACUACGCCGGCUGCAAGCGCAAGUUCGACGUGGGCCAGUUUGAGCGUCGCUACGCCCCCCACAUGCUCUCCCAGUGA